CUACUUAGCGACAUGCUUUAUUCCAUUGUUCAUUGGUUAAAUGUUGCUCUUUUGCUUUUCUUCAAGUCCCUAGUCACAGGACGCAAAACAGUAGUACCUUCCAUCUUUUCACCCACGUGCCUUCCUAACUGGGUUUUGCGCCUUCAAGGUUCGCUCGGAUACCACAUAUCACAAUUUCUCGUUUCUCUCAAUUCCAUCGGAUCCUGCUCGAUGCCACCGAGGUGAGGUCAAGUCGCUCGAUCUACGUUAAAGACUAUCACCUUUAGGGCUCCACCGCCACCGCUUUCCUUACCAUUUCUUCGCGUGGUGCCUUUUUGAAUGUCUAUCUCAUCCCUAAGAACUGCACAGUUCACAUGCGAUCUACCAUGGGUGUCCUCUUCAAUUCCAGCAACGCACCGUCAGCCCGAGACGCUGAAAACCAAAUCUCCGACAAACGCCAUGAAGACAUCAUUUGUCGGAUUGCCAACAAUGCCUCACUUUCACAAGUUGACGGCGCAACCGACAGUCAACAGCACGUACUCGAUACAGGCAAGAGGACCAACAACGUACAGCCUACAGUAACUCAAACUCAUUUGCAACACCACGAUCAAGGUCACUAUCUGCAUCAAGCGCAAUAUAUCGCUUCUACGCAAGUUCCACCUCGCCAACAAACGCGCACAUCAAGAAAUGCAGUCAGCGACCUCCUUCCCUACUGCACCACCGAACCACCACUGAGCCAAGAGCAAGUCAUAGCUUUGACCGAUGCGGUGGGAAGUCUGAAGGAGCUUGUACUUCUUGCUCUGGGUGCUGCGUCUGGCGAUACGGGAUGUGUGGAUAGACUUGAAGGCGCUGUGGGUGGACACGCUGCUGCGAACAUUGUGGAGUUCUUCGUCGAUGAGUGGGAGAUUGACGGCUGAAGCUAGAAGAGGUCAACAACAUUGUAGAUUAUGAACUAUAUAUCAAGGAGGGGAGAUGUUAGAAAGCAUCUUGCUACAGUUAAUUUCGUUGUGUGCGGUGGAGUUCAGUCAAUCAAGGCUUUACUUUGGUUGAAGUUAGUUGGUUGAACUGUGCGUGCCCAGGUGAGGUCAGUCAACU